AUGUCUAAUAUCGAUAAUUUGAUUAAACAAAGAACCAUACUUAAGAGUAAACUAACUAGAAUGGCCAAUUGGUUCGGCCAAGAUAAUAAUAAAGAUAGAGAAGAAUGUAGUGCUCGAAAAUGUCAAAUAGAGCAAAUCUUCAAAGACUAUGAACAUGUUCAAACUCAGUUGGAGUUAAUUGACUCUGCCUCAUAUGAAGAGGACAGAGAUAUUGUAGAAACCAAGUACUUUAAGGUUAUAUCUAUGGCAACGAGAACUAUGAAUCAGUUCGAAAACUCGCCAAGUCAAAAAUCUAAUAAGCCCACUACUCAUUCUAGCAUAAAGUUACCGGAAAUUUCGAUUCCUAACUUCUCGGGUGAUAUUAAACAAUGGCCGAGUUUCUUCGAACUAUUCAACGCCCUCAUUACAGACAAUGAAAAUUUGUCUGACAUCCAACGGUUGAUGUACUUAAAAUCAGCAUUAUCAAAAGAACCGUUACAACUUAUUGAAAACUUGGAAGUUGUGGGUUUGAAUUUCAACAUAGCUGUUAACACUUUGAAAGACAGAUAUGAUAAUCCAUAUCUUAUUGUCAACUCUUAUAUUCGUAAACUAUUGAAUGUUCCCUCCUUGACGAAAAGUAAUGAACACGCGUUAAGAGAUUUUAUUACGCAAAUCAAGACAAAUAUCGCUGCCUUGAAAACUUAUAAUUUAUCGGAGAAAUUAACGGAUUUGAUUCUCAUACAAAAUUUCACCCAGAAAUUGGAUUUCACUCUGAAAAAAGAAUUUGAAGAAGAAAAGAAUACUUCAGAAUUUCCAACGCUCCCAGAAUUUAUUGGUUUCUUAGAAAAGAAAUAUAAGGUACUCGAAAAUUUAGGUUCAACCGAACAAACAGGUCAUUCGAAAUUCAAAACUUCCCCUAAAUAUGCCCAUACUAAUUCUUAUCAUGCUAACACGUCGAACAGAACGAACAAAAAUAAAUUUUUCAAAUGUCUUAUGUGUAAUACGGAUGAACAUAAGAUAUAUUCGUGUAGGAAAUUCAUGAAUUUGUCUCCUAACGAUCGUCUCAGUCUAGUGAAAGAAAAGAAUGCUUGUCUGAAUUGUCUUACGUUGGGUCAUAGUGUACAAUCGUGUUCUAGUCAACACACAUGUUUCAAUUGCCAUAGAAAGCAUCAUAGUUUGCUCCAUUUCAAUAGGACUUCAACUCGCCAAUAUUCUAAUGAAGUUCCUAGUCAAAGAUCCAACAACGAAGAAAAGUCCCACAGUCAGCUCACAUGUCUCGCGCUACUCACUUAG